GCUGUCGUGGGCGGGACGUGGUGUGAUCUUUGAAGAUCGCGAGCCUCAGAGUGAAGCAGGAGACCGAAAUGGCGGCACCAGCAGAGAGGAUGGAGGUUUCUCAGGGGGAGAGCUCAGCCAAGCCUGCGGCCGAGGACAUGACGUCAAAGGACUACUACUUUGACUCAUACGCCCAUUUCGGCAUCCACGAGGAGAUGCUGAAGGAUGAAGUCCGUACCCUGACGUACCGCAACUCCAUGUUCCACAACAAACACCUGUUCAAAGACAAGGUGGUCCUGGACGUGGGCAGUGGGACGGGGAUCCUCUGCAUGUUCGCCGCUAAAGCUGGAGCCAAGAAGGUUAUAGGGAUCGAGUGCAGCAGCAUCUCAGACUACGCUGUGAAGAUCGUGAAGGCUAACAAGCUGGAUGAUGUGGUGACCAUCAUUAAGGGGAAGGUGGAGGAGGUGGAGCUUCCUGUGGACAGAGUAGACAUCAUCAUAUCUGAAUGGAUGGGCUACUGUCUCUUCUACGAGUCCAUGCUCAACACAGUCAUCUACGCCAGGGACAAGUGGCUGAAACCAGACGGACUCAUCUUCCCAGACAGAGCGACUCUCUACGUCACGGCCAUCGAGGACCGGCAGUACAAGGAUUACAAGAUCCACUGGUGGGAGAACGUGUACGGCUUCGACAUGUCCUGCAUUAAGGAGGUGGCGAUUAAGGAGCCCCUGGUGGACGUGGUCGAUCCCAAACAGCUGGUCAGCAGCGCCUGUCUCAUCAAGGAGGUGGACAUCUACACGGUGAAGGCGGACGACCUCACCUUCACCUCGCCGUUCUGCCUGCAGGUGAAGAGGAACGACUACAUCCACGCUCUGGUCACGUACUUCAACAUCGAGUUCACCCGCUGCCACAAGAGGACCGGAUUCUCCACCAGCCCAGAGUCUCCGUACACUCACUGGAAGCAGACGGUGUUCUACCUGGACGAUUACCUGACCGUGAAGACAGGAGAGGAGAUCUUUGGCACCAUCAGCAUGAAGCCAAACGUCAAGAACAACAGAGACCUGGACUUCACCGUCGACAUCGACUUCAAGGGUCAGCUCUGUGAGAUGUCCAAGACGUCGGAGUACCGGAUGCGUUAGUGGGAGUGUGGCGGUCGUCUGCAGCAACCUUUUAAAGACUCUUCUUGUUUUUCUCAUUUUCUCGUUCUGACAGUAUUUAAAGGGUUUCACGUCCUCGGGGUCAAAGUGCGUUGCCGUGGUGAUUAAUUGUGCCGUGGUCUCUCAGCAGAGUCUGCUGGUUUGAGUCGUCCUCUUCUUCUUCUGGGGUUUUUGUUCGUUCUCGUCCUCUGCACGCAUCGAUAGCUCCAUGCAGACAUGAACACGGCGGCGCUCUUCAUCACGCCACGUCUGCAGAGCUGCUGUUUACUCGCUCUAACCCUCCCAAAAAACACGGGACAGUUUGCUCUGCUCGUCUGUAGGUUCAUGUUUACUUUAAAGCUCCGCCCCCACCACGCAUGUACAGUCAUAGGAACGUGACCUGGACAUGUGUGACACCACAGCAGCAGAUUUGACCAGUGAGAGGAAGCUCGUCCACUUCAAGCCCCGCCCCUUAAAAUGACGGUUUGAAUGACUGUAAAAAGGAGCGUUAAAUUUAAAAACGUUCUGACAGAGUUCUGACACUUGGAGGGUCAAAGGUGAGAGCAGGAGGACUUCUGCUUCAACAGGAAGUUUAAUCAGGAAUAAAUGAUCUUGUUAGUAUCGUUAGUGUUGGUGAGUCUGCGCCGUUCUAAAACCAAACCACACACCGAUUCUACGCCACGUGUUCAGCGCCAACCUCCCUCAGACGAGAGCACGGUAAACCUCACGCUACUUCAGCAUCUAACUACAGACCUGUCCCGCUCUCCACGCCAUCACGGCCGGAAAGUUCAGGAGAUUUCAGACGUUUGACUUAAAUCAUAGAAAGACCGGAAUAUUCCACAGUAACAACAGCUAGUCUGGAUCACCCAGAGCUUAGAGUGGCAAAUAUGCUGCUGCUCUCUGAUUGGAUAAAAACGUUAUAGAGGGUAAAGCUGCAGGGUUCUGUCCCGCUUCACUCAUAUUUUGGUGCCCUUCAGACGGCGCUCUCUCUCUCUCUCUCCAUGUUUAAAAUGAUCGUCUGUAGUUUUCCUCAGGCUCCAGGCCGGAGACAUUGCCAUUUUCACCAUUUUAUGUGGAAUUGUUGGAAAAGUGUCCCAUGUUUAGUGAGGAAGGUUUGAGACUUGGUUAAUGUUUCAGGAGAUUUAAGGUGAAAUGUUUCUCAUGUUUAGUGUGGAGGUGAACAUAAACCAGUGUUUCUGUUCUUCCUCCAGCGUUGGUUAAACAUUUGAAGAUUUUUAAAGCACUCUUGAAUACAGUUAACCUUUAUGAAGCUAGACCUGAACUCUUAAGGUGGUAUUAGAAAGUAACUAAACCCAAAAACCUGCCAGUGAAACCUUUAUGGAAAGACUCUGAAGUUCUUCUGGACUCCUGCUCCCGCUAGAAUGAUCUCUGUUUGAGGUAAAUGGAACCCGUUAAGAGUCGGUGUGUGGUCUGGUUUUGAACACGGUGCAUCAAUGCGUCUGCACAUGCUCAGAAGCGUCCCUAUGUUGUGUAAAAUCAUGGCUGCCUGAACCCUCCCUCCAUAUCAGACUUGGAUCCAGCUGCAGCCAGCAGUUCUGGUUAGUUCUGGAGUCGUGGUCUCAUUCGUUUUUAGGGUGGAGGGGGCGUAGUCCUUAGUUUUAGCCCCUCCUACCUCACCGUGUGUGCCCCGUCGUACAGAAACCAUGUGCGUCCGUGUGAACAGUAGUACCGGUCUCAGCCCUCGGCAGCGUCCGCUCCGUCUCACCACAUUUUAUUUUUCUGUUUUUGUAUUUUUGUUUGCCGCUGCUGCCGUUUCUUUUUUAAUAAACUAAUAAACUGUAAAUGAACCUGAA